UGCAGUCGAUAGGCUAUAUUACCCAAAUUCCAACGACACACAAACCUUACAGGCAUUUGUAUGUCUGCUAAUUUCGGUCCUUAUUUAUAUUAACAGGAGUUAAAUAUGCAAGGCAGGGUGUGCUGACCUGCUUUCUCAUCACAGGCAGCCCUGACCGGAAGCACACAGCAGAGAUUUAUGCCGGCGAAACAAAAACCCAGCAGACAUCUUUCCCUUUAAAGAAGCGCAGUGAUGCGUCGCUGGGAGACAGAGGUUGCGCUCAUCGGGAGACCCACUGUUUAUUUCUGUGCCACAGUUAUGCCCAGUUGCAUCUGAUGGGAUCAUGUCUGCAGCGCCUUUACUCUGAUCGGAUGUGCUGGUGAUCACAGCUGGAUGCUGAGGAGGACGUCUUUCAUUUUGGGCUGUAACUGAGAUUUUCUGGCCCAUAUGGAGCUGAAUUCUAAGACGCAUUCUUGAUCUUUUUUCCUCCUGCGAAUGAUUUGUGCUGAAAAUGUGGAUUACGACACCAUAUUUCCGAGGUCCCGUGUUGUCAGUCCUCUGUGCGUAUCAUGGGACAUGCUGCGAUUAAUUAUUAGGCGCGGGACUGGGUUAUGUGCGAUGCAUGUUGUAGGUUUUCUGUGGGCUGUAAGGAUGUGAUCGGGCAGGGUUCGCUGGUUUCUCGAUUCGCUGCCUCCCAACAGAGUCGCUCAUGAUGCCCAGGGCUUUGCGGAGACUGGUCCAUUUGGUGCUGUUCUGUCCUCUGUCCAAAGGCCUGCAGAGUCGUCUCCCAGCCAUAAAGGUGAAGUACCUUCUCCUGGCAUGGCUGGGCAUCCUCAUUGCCAGCUGGGUCGUCUACAUGCAGUAUGCCUCUUACGCUGAACUCUGUCGUGGACAUGUCUGUCAGAUGGUCAUUUGUGAUCACUAUAGAAGGGGCAUAAUAUCAGGUUCAUCCUGCAAGGCGUUAUGUGAUCAGAGAGCGCUUAUCUUGCAGCGCUGCAUGUCCACAUCCUCUACACAUCAGGUGUACAGUGGACUGUGGAAAGAGAAACCUGUUGUGAUCAAGUGUAGUAUUGAGGAUAAAGUGAAGACAGAUGGGGCACCAGACUCUGUACUACGACAGGAGAUGAGCUUAUUUGACAAACCCACUCGUGGUACCUCGAUGGAUGAAUUUAAAGAGAUGCUGCACAGUUUCCUCAAGGCUAACCUUGAUGAACAGCCAUCUCUGGGCACUUUGGUGGACAGGGUCAUUACUCUGGCUGAUGUCAAUCAGGAUGGCAAAGUGUCUCUAGCAGAGGCCAAGUCUAUCUGGGCUCUUCUCCAGAUCAAUGAGUUCCUCCUCAUGGUGGCACUACAGGAGAAGGAGCAUACUCCUAAACUGCUAGGCUUCUGUGGAGACUUGUAUGUGACAGAACGUGUGAGUCACAGCUCCCUCUACAGGCUUGAGGUGCCUCAUUACCUGCAGGCUCUGGUUCCAGAGGCCUUGAGCUCCAGCCUGAACCACUGGCUCGCACCAGCCUGGCCCCGCAGGGCUCGCAUCACCAUCGGCCUGCUGGAGUUUGUAGAAGAGGUCUUCCAUGGGUCCUAUGGGAGUUUCCUAAUAUGUGAUGCCAGUCCUCGCCAUGUGGGCUACAAUUCAAAGUAUGACUGCAAGAUGGCCAACCUGCGCAGUGUGGCAUCUGAGGCAGUUGUGAGAGGAUUUCUGAAGGGACGGCGCUGUGAGACUAAUGCAGACUGUACUUAUGGCCAGGACUGCACGGCCACCUGCGAUCGACUGGUGAAGCAGUGUAAUACUGAGGUCGUACAGCCCAAUCUUGCAAAAGUGUGUGUGCUGUUGCAGGACUUUCUGCUUUUUGGGGCACCUUCAGACCUCCGAAGGGAUCUGGAAAAACAGCUACGCACCUGUGUGACUCUCAGUGGUCUGGCAAGCCAGAUGGAGGUGCACCACUCACUAGUCCUUAAUAACCUGAAGACAUUGCUGUGGAAGAAAAUUUCUAACACUCAGUACUCUUGAAAACAGGUUGAAAUGAUCCAACUUGUGCCUCCACAUAAUGAGUGAAUUAUUACAUAAACAUGAGUAAUUCUUGCUUAUGAAGUUGUGCCAAAUAUUUCAAAGGAGGUUAUUAACAUAUUUUCAUUCUACACUGACUGUGAAUAACAGGAAACUGUGAACUUAUGAUAAUAGAAACAGAAUUAUUCUCUUUAAACCUCAUACAAGCCACAUUAUACUUUUGUUUUCCAUUGUGUUAUAUUGAGAAGCACAUGUUUAGACGUAAUAUUCUCAGGGCACUGCCUGUAACUUCAUUUCUGUAAGUAAAUAAUUUGUUCUUAAAAUAAAGUCACCAUACAUACAUGCUGAAUAUUUUUGGGCUUCAUGGAAUGACAGAAUGUGAAAUUGUGACAGGAUGUGUUUUUGUGCUAGUGGAACAUUGCUGGUUCCUACAUACAGUAUAAAGGAAAUCUACAGCUGAAGCAGCGAUAGGAUACAACAAUGGACUGAAUAAUCCUCCUGGUACUGAUCUGAUAUUUGACUGUAUAGUUAAACUGACCUGUGCAGGUGGAGUUGUAAAGGACAAUCAGACAUGAUUAAAACCUGAAUUAACUACU